AGUAGAGUUCUAUUAAAGUACUCAUAGGUGUUUUAGAUGGAUAAAGCUCCCUGGCUGCAGAGCUGCUAGGGCUUUUUUUCCCUUUAAUACAGAGUGGCAGAGAAGAAACUGAGAAACCUUUGAAUCCUUCCCACUGCCGGGCAGCCCCGCGCCGCUUCUUUUUGACCGGCAGCCGCGACCCCCCUGCACUACUCUGCACAGGCACAUGACCACAAGCGACCCGCAGCCGGUGCUCCGGCGGCCGCGCCUCGAGUCCCCGCCGCCCGCCCGGCGCAGCAGUAAGUGUGGACGUCUGUGUAAGUGUGAGAGAAUUAUGGUGGCGUUUAAAGGAGUCUGGACUCAGGCCUUCUGGAAGGCCGUUUCGGCAGAAUUUUUGGCCAUGCUCAUUUUUGUCCUCCUCAGCCUCGGCUCCACGAUCAACUGGGGUGGAGCAGAGAAGCCGUUGCCUGUAGACAUGGUCCUUAUCUCCCUCUGCUUUGGACUCAGCAUUGCAACCAUGGUGCAGUGCUUUGGACACAUCAGCGGAGGCCACAUUAACCCUGCUGUGACCGUGGCAAUGGUCUGCACGAGGAAGAUCAGCCUCGCCAAGUCCGUCUUCUACAUUCUUGCCCAGUGCCUGGGAGCCAUCGUGGGCGCAGGCAUCCUUUACCUUGUCACACCUCCAAGCGUGGUAGGAGGCCUGGGAGUCACUGCGGUACAUGGAGAUCUUUCUGCUGGGCAUGGACUCCUGGUGGAGUUGAUAAUUACAUUCCAGCUGGUUUUUACUAUUUUUGCUAGUUGUGAUUCAAAAAGAAGUGAUGUCACUGGUUCAGUAGCUUUAGCAAUUGGAUUUUCUGUUGCAAUUGGACAUUUAUUUGCUAUCAAUUACACCGGUGCCAGUAUGAACCCUGCUCGAUCAUUUGGACCUGCUGUCAUCAUGGGAAGAUGGGAAAACCAAUGGGUGUAUUGGGUGGGACCAAUAAUAGGAGCGGUCCUUGCUGGUGCUCUUUAUGAGUACGUCUAUUGCCCAGACGUUGAACUCAAGCGCCGUUUCAAAGAUGUUUUCGGUAAGGCUACCCAGCCUUCCAAAGGGAAGUACAUCGAGGUGGAUGAUAACAGGAGCCAAGUAGAGACCGAUGACCUGAUCCUGAAGCCUGGCAUAGUUCAUGUGAUUGAUAUUGACAGGGGUGAGGACAAGAAGGGAAGAGAUCCAUCCAGCGAGGUGUUGUCUUCUGUAUGACUAGCAAGAAGCACUGAAAGCAGAGAGCAGCCUCCUAGCACGUCCACAGAUAUUCUUCCACCUAUUAAAGAAACAGAUCUCCUCUAGACCGAGCAUUUACCACUUCUUGAAAGGUAUGGUGUGGGCAGCUGCAUGGAUUGGUGUCACCAAACCAUACACCUGCUCAGUUGGAGGAUUAGGACUUUGUUAUAAUUAGGAUUCCCCACCUAUUAUUGCAAAUUAAGACUUGUUCCUAGUAUUUUCCUUUCUUUCUUUCUGGAGCAACCCCAAAAUCAAAAAAAGAGAUGAAAACAUUCUCCUUUAAUAAAUCAGUCAAUAACGAGAUAAAGAUAGAGAUGUUUAACAUUCAGAUUGACAGUUAAGACAUACCAGGAAAUGCCUAUAGACAUGAAGACCUACUUAUCAGAUUGUUCUUCUGACACUUAAUUGACUGUUGUCAGCUCUGAUUAUAACAUCGUAUCCAUUAAACAUUCUCUGCAAGGUUCAGGGACAGCACCAGCAGUAUUUAAGACUUUUAUUCACAGUCGAGCAAAGGACUAUUGUUUCCACUCAUGUACAUCACUAUUUCCUUGCAAACUACCUCGGAAAAAAUGAUACUUUAGUAGGUUUUUUAAAAAAUAUAUCAACCCAUCAAAUUUCACUCAUGUGAUUUGCCAUAAAAAUACAUCUCCAAGAGUAAAUAUGCUGAAAAUGGAAUGCUGAAGUGUAUAAUAAUAAGGCUGCAAAGCCUUUGACUGUACUGCAUUCUCCCUCUUGUUAUCGUCUGUCUGGUGAAACACUCUCCUCGGGUUUGACUAUUGACCAUUUAGUGUUAGCAGCCUCUCAAGGUCAUGCAAAGAAUAUAAAGGCUUUCCUGUUACAAGAGAUACCAGAAGAAAAGAAGGUUUAUCUGUUUUCAGUGCACUUGUUCAAAUACACAUUUCUGUGCUAAUUUAUAUAAACUAAAGGUUUAAAUUACUUACCUGUUUUCUUACAAGAUGGUUGGAGAUAUGUUUUUUUUAAUUUAUUAGUAAUGUAGAGAGGUUUUAACUUUUAACUGUAUUGCAACACUGAUUGGGAAAUAAUUUUUUUUUUAUAACAGACGAUAAAAAUUUGACUGCUUCUGGCUUUUUGUUGUGUUGCCUGACUAUUUGAAUGGGAUCUGUGCUUGUUCCAGUGUUCAUAUAGUCUUAAUUACACCUCUAGCUAAGGUUUCUUUAUGUGUUGUUAGGAAAAGAUGCAAGCGCAGGGUAUUUUAGGGGGAAAGGUACAUGAAAUAUGUUCGGUAAACAGUCUUUCCCUUAUAGAAGUAUUUUGACAGACAUAACCAGCCCAGCAGAACAUUUCUGUAAAACUGUUACUGACUUACUGCUUUUGUUUCUGAUCAGCAGCUUUGAGUUUUAUGAUACACAGCUGCAAAGCAGUCAGGAGCAUGGUACUAUUACUGUAAUUAUAUAGUUUUUAUUUUUAAAUUGAAAGCUACUCCUGCCUAUUUAGCAAGAAGAAAAGAAAAAAAGUAUUAGUCCUGACUGUGGGCUGUAUUAGCCUUGUCUGUUCUUUGACAUACUCUACAUACAGUCUUUAUUACAAGGAAUUAGAUGUUUCUAAUGAGAUAAUAAACUCCUGCAACCCUCGAAUUUGUGCACUGUGAUUCAAGUGCAAUUCUACUACCCCUACUUGCAGCACUGUAUAGUCCCAGUGUGUCCUACUAUAGUCCUUUUCCUAGUUUCACAUUUUUCUUAUCUUAAACCCGGUUAGCAUGGCACAAAUUCCCUGCACUGAGCAUGAGAUUCAUGACUCCUUCGUGCAUUUGCAGUUGGACCAUGAUCUCUCCUGUAUUCCACCCAGGCACAGCAUGUAGCACAGGCAGGCACAGGUCAGGGCUUCCUUGUGUGAUCCAGGGACAGCCCUACUCCUGACAUGUGAGCCCUCCCACCAGACAUGCUCCCUCUCAUGGCAGUGGCUACCUGUCAAGUCUACUAAAGCAACUGAUAUUUGUCCUUAGCUGUGCCUCAACACAGGGACAGCCUCAUGAUUCAAGGGCGUGGGCAUGGCUGCGGACCUGCAACGAACAAUGUCAAACCACAGAUAAGAGCUCCUUCCCACAGCAAGGACUAAGUCUUCUGGGGAAGGGCAACACAGGUGUGGUGUUAUACCUCUGCUCAGAUGGGUAAACACCAUGCUAAACAGAUUCAAUGAGAAGUUGAAAACUUGUUGGGGAAGUUCUGUCUAGGUGUGUGGUUUGGGUUUGGUUUUUUUCUAUAUUGUUCAAAUGCUGUAUUUGUUAAAGGGACUCUUUGGUUAAACCUUUUGCAUGACUUACCACAAGUAAAGUGUCAUACACAUAGAACUGGUGGAUUUUUAAGCAAAGGUUUGCAUUUUUGUAUUUCAAGACACUCCUUAAUUUGUGAUUUUUGCAUGGUACUGUGUUAUUUAAAUAAGAAGCUGUGAUUUGUUUUAUGCCUAAGGGUCCUUUACACAAGUGGCUUUAUGUGUGUUUUCCUCACCCAGCCUAAUUCUGCUGCUGAGGUGAGCAUAAAGUGAGCAUAGCACCAGCCACCUCUGUUAGGAGGAUCUUCUUCAUUAAAAUACUCUGUAUUAAUGAAGUGCAUCACUUAGAACCAGUCCCAGGAGAACUCCUCUCUCAGAGAGUAUUGGACAUAAGAUCCUGAGACUUCUGAAAAGAUCAGGGGACAGAAGAGAAGCUAAAAUAGAGACCACUAGACAGUAAAGGAUGAUGCCAUGCUACCAGACAUUAGCAGGAAAGCAAUACGUGGUAGAUCUGCUCCUACUCCCACAGAAUGAGACUCAUGGAGGAGUUUAUCAUUGACUAUGUUGGAAAUGGUCCUGAGCUUUUUGGGGGUCUGAUUGCUUCUGUCAUGCACUUCACUGUGUUUUUUCCUAAAAGUAGAGGCUCUCAGCAGGAUAUUUAAUUUUGGAAGAAAAUGCAUUCAACUUGAGGUUUGUGACCCACCCUAAAGUAUUCUUAGAAGUGUCCAUCAUCACAGGUGGUUCUGCCACACCACAAGACAUCACCAUUCAUAAAAGGGAACAUCACUCUUGAGCAUCUGUUGGGACUUGAUUUAGCUUUGACACAGUGAUAUGUGCUCCUCUAAGUUGUUUUGCAAUGGUGUCAUCACUGUACAGUAGUCACAUUUGGUUAAAUAAUAGACUAGCAUGACAUUUUUAUGGAUUUGAAAUACUUUUGCUUUAGUAUUAUUUUAAAAUAUGUGCUUUGGUACUGUUUGAAUGAGAUUUAUGUUCUAAAGCUCUUCAGCUCUAAAUUGCACCUCAUAACAUAACUUGGUGUCCUCUUAAAGCAUUUCUUGGUUGUGGUAUGAAACAUCUUUUGUUUAUUAGGGUGGAUGGUUAUUACCAGAAGUCUGCCAGGUCUGUCGUAAUUCUGGGGUCCUGCAAAACAAAAUGGAUGAGUCUCACUCCUCCAUGAUGGCAUGAUUGUUUUAUAUGCUAUAUUUGCACUCUAACAAACACAUUCAUAUUAAAUCACUGGAUUUCAGAAAAGAAAGCAGGGAAGUUAAGGGUGAUUCUAUUGGCACACACAAAUACCUUUUAUGUUGUGUGAAGGAGUUUAUCACCCAAAUUCUUUCUCAGGAAAAAAAAAAGCCUGCAGCAUUUGAGUUGUCAUCAUAACGCUUCUCCUGUUGAAGUGUUUGGGAGCUGUAUCUUUCAUUUUUUCAGUGAAAGCAGGAGUGAGACUUAUCUCAUGCAAUGUUUAGGCUUGUCACAUGUAUUUGCAUAUCAGCUUUUCAAAGUGUGCUUUAUUUCUGAUUAUUAGUAAUUGCCUCAGUAGAAAGCUAGAUGGCCAUCGAGUUUCUACCUUUCUAGUGCUGGAUGGCAGAGCACUUGCUGCUGUGCUCUGUAACAUCUUACCUGUAGUUUGUGUAACACAUUCAGGAUAUUAUACACCAUCCAAUAUUUUUAAUCUGAUUAAAAUAUGUGAAAAUUUACAUUACGAGCCUUUCUUUUCAAGGUGAGAAGUGAAAACACCAUGCACAAUUUUUUGUAUCUCAAUUCAGCCUCUGUGUAUCUAAGUUUCUCAAGGACUUACUAAAUAGAUAAGAUGUAAAUAUAGACUGAAGUAUUUGUUACCCAGUUACAUGAUCUAAAUCACACUGUUGCAGUCUGAAAUUUAGGACAAAUGAGGUAAAGCAAUACAUGGAUUUUUCUACAAGACUGCUUAUUGUUUAAAUGCUUAGUCACCAUGAUAUCAGAACUAAUGUUAUAGGACUUAAAACUUCCAUAUGUAACAUUUGGAAUAAUCUACUGAAAAAAAUACACUAUAAAAUCAUACUUGAUUAUCUGGUUCCCACAUGUAUUCUACUGUUCUCACACUGCUAUUGCAAAUAAAGUAUCUUUGAAAAAGAAAAAAA